AUGGAAGCGAUGAACCUCGCUCGUGUCAAAUCAUGUCUGGAGGCCAUGCACCAGUUCGGUCAAGUCAUAGAGAUCUUCCUCAACGUUUCAGACGCGGUCGCCUUCGUCUGGGGUCCUAUGAAGUUCAUCUUGUUGACAGCUAGCACGUUUGCCGACUCAUUCGAACAACUUCUGGACGCGUAUGAGAGAAUUGGCGAACAGCUACCGUUGCUGGUCGAAUACGAAUCAUUGUUUCACAAAUCGCCCCAUAUGAUUGACGCCUUGGAGAUGAUGUAUUUGGACAUCUUGGAAUUCCACCAACAAGCGCUCAAGUUCUUUUCGGGCAGAUUUGAGUGCCGUGCUAGUCUCGCCCAAUACCGACUCUACCAGGACGACGUAGCCGACUUCCGGGCGAAGUUGGAAGAGAACGUCCAACGAGAAGAGACCAAGAAGCUGAUGCUUGUCAAAGACUGGCUGGCUGUUGGAGAGCUACCUCGGCUCGAUCAUGAAAGCUACUGCAAGAUACGGAACGAAUGCGCGACCACUACCAAGUGGGUGACACAGCACGAGACCAUCAAACAUUGGAUCCACGCCGAUAUCCCGAACAGUCCUGUCGUCUGGGUUUACGGGAUACCAGGAGCUGGCAAAACUAUACUGACAUCGGCCAUCGUCGAAGAGUGCAAGACCAAGACUGACUUCAUCACCUGCUUCUUUUACUGUCACGAUGGCGACCCCACAAGUAGCACCGCGGUUGGUAUACUGAAGGGCCUGGCAGAUCAACUGCUAGAUCAUUAUCCACAGAUGCUGCCUCCCUGCUACACACGGCGCAGCUCGAGUGGGGAACCGUCCCUCAGAUCUCCCAACCAAGCGAAGAGGCUUUUCGAAGAUUUUUGCUUCACCAUUCCCAAACUCUUCAUCAUCGUUGAUGGGCUGGACGAGUGUGAAAGGGCUGAGAGAAGCCAAUUGUUGGAUAUGUUAACCGAACUCGUAGGGCAGCGCGAUGCGGUUGAUCCGGGAACCAUCCGCCUUUUGAUCACGAGUCAAGACCACGCCGACAUACGGAGAGGGCUUCACAGCUCCGCAAUCACCAAGAUAGCGCCCAAGAUGCUGCAGAUCUCGGAAAAAGACAACGAGGGCGACAUCAAGGCCUACACCAGGAUGUGGGUAGAUCGCAUUGAGGCAAAGUUUCCAUUAUUCACGGAAGACAUGAAAGAAUACCUUCGUAACCUUAUCGUGGCUAACGCAAAAGGCAUGUUCCUUUACGCCAAAUUGGUUUUGCUUGACCUUCACGCGUGUAUGACGCUAGCGGAGCUUUUGGACUAUAUCAAGACCGAGAACUUUCCUCCCGGACUCGCACAAGCGUUGGUGUGUGCCAAGCGCCGGCUUACUUGGAAGGAGAUACAAGUCGCACUCUCGAUCGACGUAGACUAUCAAACCAUCGAUUACGAACACCAACAUCUCCGCGAUCACAUCUACGAAACAUGCGGCUCACUAGUACUUGUGAAUGGCGACCGAGUCUCUCUCGUUCAUAGCACAGCCAAGACGUACAUCACUAACAUCACGGAAGAUAUCCACGAGCCAUCCAUCGAAUGCGAGUUGGCGACGUUGUGUCUACAAUACCUUACUUUUCCCUGUUUCGACGUCGACGAUCCAGAUGAUCAAGCGCAACGCCGACGAUACGUAUUGGACGGAUCGAUUGCUUUCCAGGAUUAUGCUAUCGCGAAAUGGUUCCACCAUGUCAACGCUUGGGUUGGCCAAGGCGAGAGAUUCCUCGACGAGGCAAAUGACGCGGCAGGACAAUUACAAAGCAUCUUCAAAGCCAUGGAUGAUUUCAUGACACGGUAUGGCGACGUGGACUGGUCCAACGGCCUGGUGGACGACUGUAAGACCAAGUGCAGGGUGUUCGAGCAUCUCGACCUCCACGAUCAUCUAGUGGAGCUCACAAGCCACAUUUACACGUUCCAGCAGAAAGGCUUCGAUGCACAACACAAGAUCAGCAUUGAAGACCUCUCGAAGGCCUUGGAUCGGAAUAGGAAGGCUCUUGAGAUAUUCCCCAAGAGCAAGCCUGGCCCAACUGCACACGAGAAGGAGGCAUACAAAAGAUUCUACGACGAGGAAAGGCGAUUCAAAUGCACGAGGAUCACAUGCAGGUACUUCUCAGAGGGCUUCAAGGAUGAAAAGGCUCGCAACCGACACGUCAACAUUCACGAACGACCGUUCCAGUGUGAAGUUCCAGAUUGCCUGGGCGCUGAAGGGUUCGCCAACGCGAAGGAUCUGGAGAGACACACACGCGCGUUCCAUCCCGAGAUGAGUGACUUAGCCGAGAAGUUCAUCACUGCUACAACAAAACGCGAGGCAUCGACCCACGCCUGCACGAUGUGCGGAAAGACGUUUUCGCGCAACUUUCACCGCAAGAACCAUGAGUUGAGCCAUCGAGGGGAAAGGCCACACGAGUGCCCGGAAUGCGGCAAGGCUUUUACGAGGCUGAACGAUCUCAAGAGACACCAGAAGAUACACGAUAGAAAGUAA